AUGUCAACAAUCCAAGCCCUCCUAAACCCCCUGCCAGACCAACAAUUUCCCUUCAGCCUCCCCAGCUCCUCCCCCCUUCCCCCCCGAAAACCCAAACCUGACGCAGCGCCCGCCCACGGCCACAAGAAGCAAAAAUCCAAAGGUCUCCCUCGCAAAAAAGGCCCUAUUCGCGGCGAACUACGAUAUCCACCGUACGAGGAGCGCGACGAUGAGUUGGCAAGUAUUCAUCGAGAAUUUCGGAUGAAGCCCAUGGGUGUGGGUGAUAUAAGGGAAAGGCCAUGGCAUGUACCAUAUAAUAGUGAUAAGAAGACGUUUCAGGGCUUGACGGGGAGGGAUUCGCUUGAGGUGUUCUAUUACCAGUUCAAGUUGCCUGGUCAGGCUGAGAGCGAGGAGCCGUGGUGGGUAAUGUGGGAUUAUAAUAUCGGGCUUGUUAGGAUGACGCAUCUGUUCAAGAGCAAUGGGCAUUCAAAGACAACAAUAGGCAAAGCCAUGAAGGCAAACCCAGGCCUCUCCGAAAUAUCCCACAGCAUCACCGGCGGCGCAACAGAAGCACAAGGAUAUUGGGUCCCCUAUGACGUCGCCAAAGCCUUAGCCGCAACAUUCUGCUAUAAAAUCCGACACGUCCUCGUCCCGCUCUUCGGGCCUGAUUUUCCGUCGCUUUGCAUCCAUCCGCACGACCGCACACGUUUCAAUCGUAUGAUCAUCGACAGGGCUGUUAUUCAACGGGCCACGCAGACAGCGAGGUACUAUCGCAGUUUGGAACUGCGGUCGUUGCCGUUCAGCACCAGCACUAGCACUACCUCCAUACCCGAUUCUAGUCCUGGCCGGCCUACGUCCUCGUCGGAUAGUUUCGUCGCGAGGAAGAAAGCUAUUCCACGGUCUAGGAAAUAUGCGAAUAGUCUGAGUUCGAACGCGAGUGUUACCUCCGGGACGGCGAGUAGUGGGUACGGCUCUGGUAUCGAUGAGUACUCCGAUGCAUACUGCGUGUCACCAGUGAGCAUGGGCUCGUAUCGGGGUGGGAAUACGUUUACGCCGGUGAAUACUCCCAGGAGUGUGGAUGUUUACACUUCCUCUGCUGCUUUCUCUGCUUCUGUCCCUGGGACUAGUGCUGGUAUCAGUAUACCCACGCCACAGCAAGUCCUGGCCUCCAUCUCCGCCAAGGUCAACACAAACACAAGCACCAUCGACCAAGCCUCCACAGGAACAAGCCCCACUCCCAGCCCCGGCACAACAACCGACGAAGAAACCUCCUCCCCAUCAACUGCAUACUCCGAAAUCAGCAGCUCCUGGAGUGACUAUUCAUUCGUCGAUAUGGAUAAAGAUGAUUGCAAUAGCAAUAACAAUAAUGACAGCUCGAAUGAACCCAUGCCCAGUCGGAAACGAAAGGCCGAUGGUAAUGGUAACGCACUUUUUGUGAAGGAGGUCAAGGCUGCGCAUGCGUUGCUAAGCUUGCAUAUGCAGGAUGCGAGUGGGAGUGAGUGUGAUGAGGCUGAUGAGGAUGUGUCGCCGUCGGUGCCGGCAUCGUCGUUGAUGGGUGUUUACCAGCGGCAGCAGCAUACAUACAGCCGGGGACAGAGUCAGAAAAGAAGACGGGCGUCUGCUUAGUGCUUACUUGCCUUGGUUUGGCUUUGUUGAGCAGGGUGAGACCAGAUAAUGUGUUAUGCUUAUGUUAUGAUGAUUGAUUACAAGUACAUGGGUAUAGAGGCGUCGUUUGUUUUAAUCAUAGUAUUAUUAGUCAGUUAGUCUAAUUAGUUAGUUACUUUAGUUUAUAUCUAUCGUCUAGUCUAUGCUUUUUCCAUGUUGUAAGUCAUGACUUUAUACAGACCUGC